AUGACAAAGACUCUCGCGUUCUCCACCGCUGCGCUUCUGGCAAUCAUCAGCUUCCUCCUAUUGAACAACGCGGUCGACGUGGUGGCCCAAUCGACACUAUUGUCCACUCUGAUGAAUGACUAUGAUCCACUUGUACUCGAGAACAUCAACCUCGGGACGUUUUCCUACUCCAUUCUGGGCCUUUCAAUUGACGCUACCGUGAGCUUGACGCUGGAGGAGAUUGACGCGUCCAUCUCUGUCGAUGUAUCACUCACACUGGACAAGCCUGUACUGUCAGCGAAUGUGCAGGUCGACAUGUACGGCUGUGCGCCGGGUGCACCAGACUGCAAAGACAUCACUCUCACCACCAUUGAAGUUGCAGGUGUUGAUGGUAAUCUGCAGCUGUUCAAACAGUUGCGUUAG